AUGCCAUGGGCUUAUAGGGUAGAUCCACAGAGAAUGAACACGUGGGCACCUAAGUAUAUCAAGGAAGAGUGGCAUUUCAAGCGAGAAACCAUGGUUGUGGUGCUGGACUCGCAUGGUCGGCUGGUAGUCCAGCAUGGGACAUCGGAUGCGGCUAAGGAUGAGUACAUAUUGUUUUGGGGACCUCCUGCUGUGGAGGUAGCCGCAGCUGAUGCCGGCGGCGGAGUUCCUAGUAUUAGGGAAAUUCCCAUUGAGGACAUGAGGCGCUUCCGCACCCUCUUAAGGAGUUGCCUGAUCUGUAGGUUGCAAGCUGUGCAAAUCCUGAAAAUUGAGAGCAACCCGUUGCGUGAUCGCAUGGUAUAUGAGAUGAGUGAAGCAUACAAGGCCUGUCAAAGAGGCGGGGUUGCAAUCCUCACCAAGGGCCUGAUCUGCAGGUGCAGCAUGUAG